AUGAUCGUGGUAAACAUUUUUUUUUCACCUCCGACUGCGAAGCAGAUUUUGCCUCGUGAGGACAUCAGACAGCCCCACAGGUGGCACACACAGUCAACUACUCGCGGCAAGAAGAUCAUCACAUGGCUCGCCAUCGCUGACUUGUUGGCAUCACUGGGCGUGUUUGUUCGCUCCAUGGUGUGGCUGAGCUCCAAGGACCUGAUGCCGGCCGUCGGGGGGAGUACCAGCAUUCUGUUCUGUGCCAUCACUUCCGCGUGGGUGCAGUACUUCUACACGGCGACGUGGAUCUGGACGCUGUGCUAUGCCCUCGACAUGCGACUGUUCCUGAAGGACCGUCCGGGGCACCCGUACUGGUACCACGCGGCCUCGUGGGUGCUGCCGGCCUUCACCACCACCGUGGGGCUGUCGCUGCUCUACCUGCCCGACGCCAAGUGCCACAGCGUGACGUCCCUGGCGAGCGCGCUGGCCCGCAUCCUGCCCAACUACUGCGCCACCUACCUGCCCAUCGUGGUGGUGAUGGUGGUGAACCCGGUGCUGUACAUGCUCUCUCUGCGGGACGUGCAGCUGGUGGUGGCCAGCGGCAUGGGCCAGUACACGGGCAAGGAGCGCUCCCAGGUGGACGCCGUGCGUCUCCGCUUCGCGCUCAUCAACCUGGCCUUCUACCUGUGCUGGCUGCCCAACCUGGUGAACGGCGCGCUGCUGUGGGCGCUGUGGAUCCGGCUGCCCCACCAGGUCGUCAUCCUCUUCUGGUACAUCAUGGCGGUGGUGAACCCCCUCCAGGCGCUGCUCAACAGCCUGGUGUACAACCGCUGGGGUGACGCCAAGCAGCGCGUGCACAUCCCGUUCCGGCGGCUGCGCCCGCGCGGCUCCGCCAGCUCCUCGGAGCCCUCGGCCGCGCGCGAGGCCGCGGUGGAGAGCACGCCCCUCGUCGGCGGGGACCCGGUCCGCCCGCGCGCCCCCAUCAACGGCUCCUCCCGGCCGCAGCGCUAGCCCGGCGCCCCUGGUCGGCCCUGUGGCUCCUCCGCCUUCCCGUUCUCUCCCGCGAGACAGACACGCUUACAGGACUACGAGAAGUAGCUCGGCUUCUGGGUUUUAGCCGUGUCCUUGGCAAAUAAUUCACCGACGUUUCGGUCGAC